ACGAUAUGAUGUGAAGUUUUUAUUGUAUUUUCCUUAUAAACAAAUACAAAAGGUGGUUUGCCUCCUAUUAUGUAAGUCCAGUAAAGGACUGCAUCAAAGGUAGGCCUAUGAUAACAGGCAUGAGUGAAGGAAAGAUUGUUGUCAGUAGUGGGCGCAUAGCAUUCUGGGAUAGAAAAACAAAGCGCUGAAUUUGCAGCCGCCAACAGGCUUCCCGCUGAAGGGAUGAAUAGCUGCAAUAUCAACAGAAAAAUAAAUUAGUUUUACUUUUUUUGUAGUCUUUUACAUGGCGUGAUCUCUCUAGCCCACUAAAGGCGAACGUGUGUAUGAUAUGCUUGGAUGAAUAAAACAGAAUGUUAUUCUAAGCACACGAUGAGACUUGCAAGCUAGCUAGCUAGCGUUAGCUACUCAGUUGUCCAUUAGUUUUUUUAACGGAGCUGUUAGCACAUAUGCCCGCUACGAACUGGAUUGUUAUUCGUCUCAACUCCAGAUAUUCUUUCCUUCGUUCCGCUUUGUUUGGAUCACUACCCGUUUUCACCGGCCUGAAAUAUGGGAAUUAAGACCUUUACCCACAAUUCCCCUAACCACAGUCAGGAGUUGCUGGACAAGUUGAACAUCCUACGAAGUGAGGGUCACUUCUGCGAUGUCACCAUCCGUGUGCAGGGCCAGCUCUUUCUGGCUCACAAAGUGGUCCUCGCCUGCUGUAGUGACUUCCUGCGGGCCAAGCUCAUGGGGAAGGCCGGCGAGGACGGCCGGAGGGAGGAGGACCGGCCCGCUCUCGACCUGCACCACGUGACCGUAGCGGGCUUCGCGCCCCUCCUGGAGUACGCCUACACCUCCACGCUGUCCAUCAGCACGGAGAACAUCAUAGACGUGCUCGCCGCCGCCAGCUACAUGCAGAUGUUCGCCGUGGCCAACACCUGCUCGGAGUUCAUGAAGUCCAGCAUCUUGUGGAACCCCUCCACCGCGGGGGGCAGCGGCAGUGGCGGCACGUCGGGGCCCGGCCAGGAUCGGCCCGGGCCCCAGGAUGCCACCGAGGGCCAGACGGGGUGCACGCUGGCCCCGCUGGACGCGCUAUCGCCCUCCCCCGUGUCCUCCGAAUGUAGCAUGGUGGAGAGAAACAUUCCUGUGUGUCGAGAGUCGCGCCGCAAGCGCAAAGGCUUCUCCAGUCCCCAGCCAGCGUCAUCCUCCUCGCCACAGGUCCCCAACCCAUCGCCGUCCUCCUCCUCCUUUCCCGAGAGUUCGGCCCCAACCAUCGAUCCGACCCUGGCCUUUAGCUGGACAUAUCCGUUUGGCAUGGACAGGCGCUUCACCACAGAGAAAGCCAAGCUGCCCGAGGGGCUCCUGGAGACGUCGUCGGGGCCCGGGCCCGACCCAAACGCGAGGGCGCUGGUGGAGUACCUGGCCUGCGAGGGAGCGCGCGCCAUGAGCAUGGCGGGCGCGGGGAGUGGCGGCACCGAGGAGGAGGAGGAGGACGGUGUGCGGGUGAAGGUGGAGCGCCUGAGCGACGAGGAGGUGCACGAGGAGGUCACGCAUCCGGUUAGCGCCUCCCACAGCUCCCUCAGCGACCAGCAGACUGUCCCCGGCAGCGAACACAAUCAAGAGGACCUCCUCAUCAGCCCACAGUCAUCGUCAAUAGGCUCCAUAGACGAGGGAGUCACAGAGGGACUGCAGUCCAUUCAGGGGACGCCCAACACCACUGGUCACAUGGAGGACGACGAGAGGCUGGAGAACGUCCAGUACCCCUACCACCUCUACAUCAGCCCGUCUAACCGGCCCGGCAUCAAGGGACCGGCACGGCCUUUCCAGUGCCCCACAUGCGGGGUCCGAUUCACCCGUAUCCAGAACCUCAAGCAGCACAUGCUCAUCCACUCUGGCAUUAAGCCCUUCCAGUGCGACCGCUGCGGGAAAAAGUUCACGCGGGCCUACUCCCUAAAGAUGCAUCGGCUGAAGCACGAAGGUAAACGCUGUUUCCGGUGCCAGAUCUGUAGCGCCACUUUCACUUCCUUCGGUGAAUAUAAGCACCACAUGAGGGUCUCCCGCCACAUCAUCCGCAAGCCUCGGAUUUACGAGUGCAAAACAUGUGGCGCCAUGUUUACCAACUCCGGCAAUUUAAUCGUACACCUGAGGAGUCUCAACCAUGAGGCGUCAGAACUAGCAAACUACUUCCAGACCAGUGAGUUCCUCCUCCCCGAGUACCUGAGUCAAAUGCAGGAGGAGUCGCUGGGCCACUUUGAGAUGACGGACCAGGCCUUCGAAGGUGGCAGCUCCUCUUCUUCCUCUGUCCAGAUGCCCGUCAUAUCUCAGGUGUCCUCCACCCAGAACUGUGACCUCCUCCCCUCCAUGGCCCCGCCCGAGGCCCCAGCGUGCCGGGGGGGCCAGGGACGGGGGGUGGCCGGGGAGGUGGUGGUGCUGUCGGAUGAGCCAAAGACCAGCGUCGCCAUCAACUCUCCGGAGGUCCUGGAGGAAGAUGAAGAGGAGGAUGGAGAGCAGGAGGAACGCACAAAGAAAAAAGCACUUGUCUCCAUUACCAUAGAAUAAGAUGUGACGCUCCCAUAUUCACUUAUAUAACACAUACGAGCCCCUCUGAGUCCCAAUACAAGAGUGCACACUGGAUAGUGAUUGUGUUGGUGGCUGGCAGUCAUACUCCUUCUUCCCUUUGUUUGUUUUUUGUUUUUGUUUGUUUGUUUGUUUGUUUGUUUGUUUGGUUUUUAUUGUUUUUUUGUUUUUUUUUACAUGAUUUAACGUGGCGUAUUGUGAUUGCAUAGGAAAUGACAGAUGAAUAACAUACUUCCCAUAGGAGCCAUUUUGAAUUACAGUACAUACUCCAAGUGCACACUGGACUGUGAUGCUGUCUGGAGCUGGCAACCUCAAGCAUAUUCCCGUUGCAUUAAAAGCGCUUGUCUUUGUUGCUUUGUGACAGAAAAGACGGUGAACAUUACCCUGAGAUACAGAGAAACUUCCCCUCGCAAUCAUUGUCAACAUUUGACAUUUUGCUGACUGUGUUGUGAAUUUGUUUUUAAUUUUCUUUGGUGGGGGUUCUGAUAAUUGUGAGGAUCUCACAAUGCUAAUUGUUAGAACAUUUUAUACAUUUUGUGUUUGUUUGUCAGAUGUUUUAAGUUCUUUUCAGUCUGGACUUGCUAAGCGCCUUACCCAGUCCUGUAUAGGUAAACUGUACUGAAUCCCUAGUGUGAUAGAUACAGAUAGGCUUAUGUUCCUCGGUUACUCUGAAGGCAUUUGCCUUUGUAGAUCAUGUGGCAUGGCCAGAAUAAGGGACGGUACCACUGAGCAACACCAUGCCCUUUUCUCAUCCUACUCCAACCCCCUACCCUUAGUAACCACGGCCAUUUUUCAACAUGGCUUCAAGAGGUCAUCCACAGACAAUCUCCAUGUGCUUGAUUGAUCAAAACAAUCGUAGCCUAACAGUCGUGGCAACUUUAUGCAGUUCACAAAUGAAAUUUGCAUGGGUCAGAACGUCUAUAGAGUUUGUGUGAAAACAUUUCCACAGUUUUGAGUUCAAACAUACAUGAGUUCAUGUGUAAUGAAGGCGGUGGGAGUGCAGGGCUUCAGGUCCUAGUUAGCUGUCACUAGUGUCUUAUUUUUUUAUGUGGAAAAAUGAUAAUCUCAUACUGCAGUCUAGCCGAGUAGCAUCGCAUGACUAACUUUGUGUCACCUGCUUCUCUUGAUGUGCACGCUGAUGGAGCAGUUGGAAAUGUUGAAUCAUGCCCAUCUGUACGCUCAUCCAACAUGGAGAAAGACCAGUAGCUUGGCAGUAGUCACAGCUAACCUUGACCGAGAGGUUUCGUAUGCGUCCUCUGCUGCACUGGGUAUUCUGCUGCUGCAACACUGAGCACCCUCAUCACCCAUAGGUGAUUGUUUUGAUGUAUGGACAUGGUCAGUCUUGAAUGUUACAUGUUAAAGAUACAGCAGAAGUGAAGUACAUAACCUAUUUCCAAUUUGCAAGUUCCUUAAAAGACUAUCUGAAAAUGUGCCAAUCUUUUAUUUGUGCCUAUUACUAGCUCCCAUUAAGUCCUGUUUACUCAAUUAGGAAUGCAAGGAUGUAAUGAUUUUGGUGACGUGAGAGAGCUUUUAUAUAUAUAUGUAAAUCCUUUAGCAUUUACUUGACUUCUUUAGAUAUUUAAUAUACAUAUCUUUGUGUCUACCAUUUGCACAGGGCAAUCAUUGUUAAAUGCUGCUUAGUUAUAAUGUGAUAUUUUUUAAUGUGAUGUUUUCCAAUAUUUCAAGAAAAAAAAAGAUAUUUCUCCCUUAUUGUGCAAUACAGUUGUAAUACAGUGUACAUGUUUUGGAACACCAUGUAAAAAAAAGAAUGUAUUGUAGGUUGUUCGAAAUAAUGAGCAAUAUGAAAGCGAAAGUUGUUAAUAUCGGAGGUGUUUGGCACUUCCUAUGUUAAAAGAGUUAUUUGUGGUUUGAAGAGGCCUGUUAACGGACUAAAAUGUGACAUUUCGGUUUGUUUUCGUUUUGCGCUUUUGUCUGCACUUUCAACAGAAGCUACAGGUGCAGAGGGUUUCCUGCAGUGCGGGAGGGGGGUUGGGGACAAACAGUGCAGUCACCCUCCCUCUGAUGUCAAACUGUUUAAUAUCAGUCACUGUACUGUACCGUACUGCAUACUGUAUGGUACACUAAGCUCUAUGCCUGAAAACUUUGCCUGUGAGAUAGUAUGAACGCCCUAAUUUAGUAAUGUGAAUUGCGUGGUCGGUGCAGUUACGUUCAUCUUUUCUAGCUUCUGGUGACGCACUGUCUAUAAGGUUUCAAAUAUUGCAAAUACCGCUGUCCCAGACCUCACUGGUGCUGGCAUGCUUUCCCCACACAAACAUAUGAAAAAAUAACAAAGAAAGAAUACAGAAAAAACAAUAUAGCAUGGUUUACUUUGUUGGCUGUUUUGUCAGAUGUGUGCAACUACGUUUUUGUAUACAGUAGUACAUCUCUGUAAAAUGCUUAAAAGCAAGAGGAAAUGGUAUUCAGAUGUCAUGACACAUUUUAGUCUGUUUUUUUGUAUUCGUCAUCUUUCAAGUAUAGAACUUUGUAUAUUUCUAUUAUCAAUGUGAGUUUCAAUAGUCGAUGGAUUUGAGCCUUACAUCAUACUAUUCGCUUUGUGACAAUGUCUUUAAAGUGUUUCUGUAUAGUUUUAUUUUCUAAAACCUGUUUUUAAUUUGUAACUUGUGCCUUUGGAUAUUGAAUCAGUAGUGCAUUUUAAGUCUUGAACAUCCAUUGCUAUGAUUCACAUCACAACUACAGAUGAUGGUAGUGCUCUAAUGUAGCUUGUAACCUAAAGUAUUUUUGAAGUGCUAAACUAUAUUUUGUUUGUGUGCGUUUUUAUUUUAAUAUCUACAAAUGUGGUGACUGUUUUUUGUAACUUUCCAAUGGUUUUCAUCUUGAGUUACUGUGCCGGUGUGGUAUACUGAACAAUGUUUUGUAUAGACAAUGUUUUGAUUGAAAAAAAUAAAGUCAUGAAUCUAA